AUGAAACUCCCCGCAGGCGCCAUCCUGCCUUUGGCGCCCUGGAUCGCACCCCGACCACUCCCCCACGGAGCCAUCCAAGAUCAGGACCAACUCAGCAGCGCAAGUCUCGAUCGCGAGUCGGCACGGGCAGUCGUCCGCGCAGCCGGUGCCGCAUCAACAUGUGAAUGGUUCGAGCAACCUAUCGACCAUAAAAAUGCGAGUUUGGGCUCGUGGCAGCAGCUGUAUUGUGUUAACCCGGAGUGGUGGGCUGGGCCGGGGUCGCCGGUCGUGAUCAUGACGCCUGGGGAUGAGCCCAUUACGACGUCCAUCAACUCUGGGUAUGGGUAUUCGUAUCUGAUGAACACCACGUUGGCGGGCACCUAUGCGCAGGAGCUAGGUGCCGCGUCUGUCGUGGUUGAGCAUCGUUACUUUGGAGGGUCUUCACCCUACGACGGCUUUGACUCGAAAACACUGCAAUAUCUGACCAUGGAGCAGUCCGCAGCUGACAUGGUCAACUUUGCGCAGAACGUCGCCUUGCCCUUUGACAAGAACAAGACGAGUGUAGCGUCUAAGGCGCCCUGGAUCUACUACGGCGCGUCCUACUCGGCCACGCUCGGCAGUUGGAUCGAGCACUUCUACCCGAACGUUUACCACGCCUACCACCUCAGCAGCGCCACUGUCGAGGCCAAUACCGACAACUGGUACUACUACGACACCAUCCGCCAGGGCAUCGACACCUACCGCGGGGACACGAGCUGCAGUCUCGCCCUGACCGAGGUCGCCUCGUUUGUAGACAGUUUCUUGCUCGCGGAGACGGCUAACGAGAAUGCCACGGCUGCGGUGAAGGAACUAUUCGGGGCUACAUUCCCGAUUGCGGAUGAUGAUUUUGCGUACGCGAUCGCCACUCCGUUCCGCUACUGGCAAGAGACCGGAGGAUAUCAGGAGGUCCUCAACAUUUGCGACUCCCUUCUCGCAUCGAACGGAACUCAAGAGCAUGAUAUCCUCGGGACUAUCCCCGCGACGGUGCAGAACUACGCUACUUACUUCCAGCUCAACUUCCGUGACUCCACCUGCACAUACUUCGACGUCUGGGGCCAAGAAGACCCCCUCUGGUGCCUCAACACGCACGACCUCCUCAACCCCUUCUUCGAAGCGCGUACGCUCGGAAACCCCUGGCGAACCUGGUACUGGUUCCUCUGCAACGAGCCGCUCGCCUCCUGGGCUACGGCCGUGCCAGCCGACCAAGCGUCGUCCUCGCCACCGUCGCUGGUCUCACGCAAGAUCGACUCAGAGUACUGGCAGCGCCAGUGCGAGAUGCAUUUCCCGCCUGUGGAGGGGAAGAAAUAUGGUAGCUCGGAUGGGAGGACGCCUGAGACGCUGAAUGAGGAGACGGGGGGUUGGUUGAGGGAGUCGACAAGGGUUAUUUGGACUAGUGGUGAGUUCGACCCCUGGCGCGCCACCACCAUCCUCAGCGAGUCCCGUCCCGGCGGCCCGCUGGUGUCCUCCGACAACGCCGUCACCUUCGUCAUCAAGAACGCCCAACAUGCCGAUGACGCAUUCACCGAGCAGGCGCUCGUGAAUCUCAACAUCAAGAUCAACCCGGAUGUGACCAAGGUGCAGCAGCAGUCUCUGGAGAUCAUGAAGAAGUGGGUGGGUGAGUUUGUGCCGAGCGAUGGUUCCGGGAGCGGGGAGGAGGAAUGA